AUGUCCUGCCAGCCAUCCACCUCCACUGCCACCCCAACCUGGAUUCGCUGUCCACAGAAGGAAGCGAUCGUUUUGAGAAGACGAUCCGAAGGGCAGAGCACUCCGAGAGCGCCGGCUCGGAGUGCCAACGAGUCACAACUCUCGAAGAAGAGAGAGCGGGUGACUCCAAAGGUGGCGACGGCGCCGAAGGUGGUGAAGACAUCGACGAGGAGGUCGUUGUUCAACAAGAAGAGGAGCACGGAUGGAUUCAUCACGUUAGGAGGACAAAAGCCCCUGUCCUCCUCACCACUAUACGAUCCCUCCAAAGGAAUCUCCUUCUUCGAACAAUUGUUCGGAGUAGAAGGAGUCCUUGGAAGAGGAUCGUUCGGUGAAGUCGUCGCGGCGAGGUGUCGUUUGGACGGCCACGUGUACGCCGUCAAAAGAACCGCCCAGAAGUCGAGCACAGCCCUCAAACACCAAGAGGCGCUCUCACUUCUGCGGAUCCCUUCCCACCAGAACGUGCUUGAAUUCUAUCAAGCCUGGGAGGAAGAGGAGCACGUAUACAUCCAGACAGAAGUGUGCCAUCAGACACUUCUCAACUGGAGUACAUGUGUCGGUGGGUUGACGGAGAGAGACACGUGGAAUGUUCUGGUGGAUUUGAUGCAAGCAGUGGAUCACUUGCAUCGAAUUAACAUGAUCCACAACGACAUCAAACCGGAGAACGUGCUUCUCACGAGGGCCGGAGUGUGCAAGUUGGGAGACUUUGGAUUGGCGAUGGAAGUGAAGCCGAACGAAAACCAUCUGGAAGAAGGAGACAAUCGAUACAUGGCACCGGAGAUCCUGACAAUGGGAGCAUCGAAGGCAACGGACAUCUUCAGUUUGGGUGCCACGAUUCUGGAGACGCUCACUGACUUGGAGAUGCCGACUGGAGGAGAGGCGUGGCACGAUGUCAGGGAUGGACUAAUCCCGGAGAGAAUGUUCAAGGGAGCGACGAAGGAUCUCCGGGAGCUGAUGGAUGCAAUGAUGGCAAAAGACCCCGAGGAAAGAGCCACGAUCGAGAUGCUCUUGGAGCACCCGGGAAUUCAAAAGAGGCUCGAAGAGAGAAAUCGAUAUGUCAAGGAGAUGGAGUUGAACCCCCAAUUGGCAGAACCCAUCUACCUCACUCUCCCACUAUUCGCCGAGUCUCCGGAAAAUCAGAAGGCCACGGAUGCCCAAGAAGACGAUGUGACGCCACCCCUCAACUUCAACCGACGUCUCACCCUCUCCACCAGUCCCCGCCGCUCCCCCACUGGAAUACCAAAAAAGUUGGACUUUGAAAUCCUCAACGACGACGAUUCCCCGAAGGAAAAUAUCCCGUCACGUCUCAACUUUGACGAUGAAGAUUCGGAUUCAGAUGAAGAGGAAAUUCAACCGACGAGAAGACCGUGCAAGAGACGUUGCGAAUCGGUGGAGGGAACACCCAACAAGAGGCCACCUCCCAGAAGACGUCCGAACACAUUCAGCACUCCGUUGAGACAACCGUGCUUCGAUGAUUGA